UGAAUGACGAUCGCGAUCGCAUUUACAUAAGCCACGAGGUUCGCGUUCGAUCCCUCUCAUUUAGGAGAUGUCGAGGGCGGCUUUCUCCAUUCGGCCGGGAAGACUGGAACCGUGGCGCGGGUCCGAUUAAUUUGAACCCGAAACCAGAGGCUGACCUAAAGCAGAGGUCGAUCCGGAUCUGCAUGAGAAAAAUCCAACCACGACCUUCUACCUGGCCUGGUCUUCUUCUCGGUUUAAAGAACAGCGACCACCUUGCUGGGCGAGCAAUACGAUAAAAUACGAAAGAAGUAGCUGCUAGGUGGAAACCGCGAAACGUCUCUACUUGCACCCAAUUAGCGGUCUAACAGGUGCCGAGGAAUGGAGGAGGAGGAGGUGCAAACCGCCCCGAAGAACGACGCCAACGAACCCGCCGAUAGAGACUCUUGCGACGACGAGGAUGCUCCGUUCCCGACCACCACGAAGAACGCGUUGAUAACUACUCAACCAGGACCUUGCGAUGCCUAUCCUCAUCGCGUCAAAGUGUCGAUCGUUGGCGUAGGAAAAAUUGGGAUAGCUUGCGCCAUCGCGAUCCUGAUGAAAAGAUUGGCGAGCGAGGUGUGGCUGAUCGACUCCGACGCGAACAAGGCUUCCGCCGAGGCCGAGGACAUUCAGCACGUCGGCGUUUUUUUGGGAAGUCCUCUGGUAACCGGCACGUCAGAUUUCAUAAUGGUGAAAGAAUCGGCGGUGGUGAUAAUAACGACGGGCGAAACGGAACCGGGCGAGGAGCCGAACGUGAAACGUAAUUUGAAGGCGUUCAAGUCGUUCAUACCUGGCGUGGCAAAGUUCGCUUGUAAAUCUGUCCUUUUGAUCGCCACCCAACCGACCGACGUGAUGUCCUACAUCGCCUGGAAACUGUCUGGAUUUCCGUCUAAUCGCGUCGUAGGCACCGGUACCAUGAUCGAUUGCGCCAGGUUUCAAGAUCUCGUUAGCAGGCGACUGAACGUGGCACGGAGCUCUGUCAGCUGUAUGACGGUUGGCGCCCACGGAAAUAUGGCUGUUCCCAUAUGGUCGAGUAUUCACGUGGGAGGUAUGAAGCUCCGCGAUAUAAACCAAAGAAUGGGGGAGCCAGACGACCCUGAAAAGUGGUACGAAAUAGCUGAGAACGUGAAGAACAUGGGGAAAGAGCUCGAGCAAAAGAAAGGAUCUUGCUGUUGGGGUGUCGCUCUCUCCACGGUUGAAAUCGUUGAUGCCAUUGUAAGGAACACGAAAGUCGUACUUCCGGCUUCGACGCACAUCCUCAGUUGCGCCCACGGAACAGACAAGGACGUGUACAUGUCGGUGCCCUGCGUGCUCGGCCGAGAGGGUGUGUACUGCACCGUGCGACAGAAGCUAACCGAGCAAGAGAAGUCUGCGGUGCAGACGUGCGCCGACAAGAUUCGUAGCGCGUUGCGGGAAUGCGGCAUCCUGCAGGAGUCCGCGGAAGACGUCGACGAAUGA